AUGGCGGGGGCGGCCAAGGGGCUGCGCGGCCGGGCCAGGGCGGCCCUGAGCCCGCCUCGCCUUUCCCUCCGCAGCAGCAAAGUCUCCCGGGACACCCUGUACGAGGCGGUGAAGGAGGUGCUGCAGGGCAGCAAGGUCAAGAAGCGCAAGUUUGUGGAGACGGUGGAGCUGCAGAUCAGCCUGAAGAACUACGACCCGCAGAAAGACAAGCGUUUCUCCGGCACCGUCAGGCUGAAGUCCACUCCUCGGCCCAAGUUCUCAGUCUGUCUGCUGGGGGACCAGCAGCACUGUGAUGAGGCCAAAGCUGUUGACAUCCCCCACAUGGACAUAGAAGCUCUGAAGAAACUCAACAAAAACAAGAAGCUGGUGAAGAAGCUGGCCAAGAAGUACGAUGCCUUCCUGGCCUCUGAGUCCCUGAUCAAGCAGAUUCCUCGGAUCCUGGGGCCGGGGCUGAACAAAGCUGGGAAAUUCCCUUCCCUCCUCACUCACAACGAGAACCUGGUGGCCAAGGUCGAUGAGGUCAAAUCCACCAUCAAGUUCCAGAUGAAGAAGGUGCUCUGUCUGGCUGUUGCUGUUGGUCAUGUGAAGAUGACAGAGGAUGAACUUGUCUAUAACAUCCACCUGGCCAUCAACUUCCUGGUGUCCUUGCUGAAGAAGAACUGGCAGAACGUCCGUGCCCUCUACAUCAAGAGCACCAUGGGCAAACCCCAGCGCCUCUACUGAGGGGGCAGCAAUAAACACUUUUUAGGACAACCUA